CUACUCGUGUCGAACUCCAACUUCGUCCCGCGAUUUAAGGCCCGGCUGCUCUGCUACGGUAAAGCCUAAUAUUAUUUUUGGUCUAGGCUGGUGCGGACCUGAUAUCACUCACAAGAAGCAACUUCGAUAUUGCCCAUCAUGAAACGACUUCGCUCGUUCUUACAACAAGCAUCAGGCAAGACGGCGACCAACUCCCAGCCGCAACAACAGCCUCCGGAGCAACAGCAGCAACAGCCGCAGACGCAACACGUCAGUCCAGCAGCCCUUCAGGAACCCAUGAACCAGAUGUAUAGCACUCCUCAAGCUACCGCGGGUGGCUCUACACUCAGUGUAGCCCUCCAGAACCAAACCACAUCGUCCACAGUGUAUGCAUACAUCACUGGUCAAGCCAUGGACAACAACAACGCGCUAUUCCUACUCGCAGCAGAUGCAAAGACACCCUACUAUCCCACCUCGCCCAGCGCAACUGGAUCACAAUUAGCACAAAACUGUGCCAUCGAACUCGGUGCACCAGGCAACACUGUCACCGCAACCAUCCCACAUAUCGCUGGCGGUCGGAUCUGGUUUUCCAUCGGCUCGCCCAUUACCUUCCUGCUCAACCCAGGUCCAGCCCUAGUAGAACCAUCGGUCACCAAUCCGUCUGAUCCCAAUGCUAAGAUCAAUUGGAGUUUCGCCGAGUUCACAUUCAACACAGACCAACUCUACGCUAAUAUAAGCUACGUCGACUUUGUCGGCAUUCCCAUCGCACUCACCCUGACAACGACAAGCAGCGGCACCCAACACGUGUCGGGCAUGCCAGCCAACGGUCUCAACACCAUCUGCAGCGGCCUCCAAGCACAGAACGCCUCCGACGGCCAAGGCUGGGAUCAAUUGAUCGUGCAGAACAACGGACAGAACUUGCGCGCCCUCUCGCCGAAUCAAGGCAUGGUCAUGAACCCGAACCUCCUCUCCACCUACUACGACAGCUACGUAAGCCAGGUAUGGACCAGAUUCUCGUCCCAGCAAAUGUCCAUCGACACGCAAGCCGCGGCCGGUACUGUCUCCGGCGAGGUAUCAGGCAGCACAUUGUCAUUCGGUGGUUCGACGUUCGCGAAACCAUCCACACACGACAUCUUCACGUGCUCGACGGGGCCUUUCGCCACGGGUUCGAAUGCAGAGACCAAUGCUAUCAUCCCGAGACUCGCGGCGGCGUUCAAUCGCUCGACAUUGCUUGUAAGUGACGCCUUCCCUGCCGCGGAGAACUUGUAUUACCAGAACCCGAUCACGAACCAUUAUUCGCGGAUCGUCCAUGCGGCGAACCUGGAUGGAAAGGGCUAUGCGUUUCCUUAUGACGAUGUGCAGCCGACGAAUGGGCCGGAUCAGAGUGGUGAGGUACAUGCUGGGGAUCCGGUGUUGUUUACAGUCACCGUUGGUGGUGCGAAUGCUAGUGCCACGACUCCGGCGAAGGAUGAGUUGUGAGUUGUGACGAUUCCUUCGUGGGCAUGGUUUCCCAGGAUUUAUCAUUGGGUUGGAUUGAAAAUGCUUGGGAUAUCUAUGCCGUGUCGGACUGGUUGAUAGAUUUUACAAAGACCACGAAAAGACACAUUCAUCAAGCAUUUUGGCGCAGCUUUUCUAACUCGUAUCGCAAAGCACUGAUGCUCGCGUUCAAAUGCAGAUAUACCUAUAU